AAGGAACCUUCUGAAAGCUUCGUUGUUAAGUAAAGUCCCCAAAACUGAGAGAAGAAAGCACAGCAGCAGCAAAGAAGAAGAAGAAUAAGAAGAAGACGACUCAGUGAGAGCAAACAGCGAAGAGAAAGAAGAAAAUGGCGUUGCAAUGGAUGAUACUGAUGUACGUGGUGGCUGCCGAGGCUGCGAUUGCGAUUCUUCUAACCAUACCUUCUCCAAAGCUCGUCAAGUCUCGCCUCGUCUCUCUCAUCUCUCUCAUCCUCCAACCUUCCUUGUUCAUCGUCCCCUUCUCUGCUUUCCAGCUCCUAGAUAUCUAUUGGAAGAACGAGCACCGAUUGAUGUGCAGCGGCGAGAGCUGCACCGCUUCUGAAAGAGAUCGCUACGAGAAAUCGAUCUACAAAGCUCAAAGGAAUGUUAUUCUGUGUGCUGCAUCAUGCCUUCUCUAUUGGUGUGUCUACCGCAUUUGCAAGUAUUACAAGGAGAUUCAAAGUUUGGAAGAAGUGGAGAAGAGGUACAAGGAUCAGUAGUAGCUUUCCUUGCCCCUUUCCUCCAUCUGCUGAAACAUGUGGAGAUAUUACUCUCGUGUCUUGUAAUCAGAUGACAAUACCUCUAGAAAAUUAUGCCAAUUUCUACCAUCUGUUAUGUUCAUGUGACUUGCUUUUACAAUGCUUCUUAAUCAACAUUUGCAUUAUUAUCUAAUAUCUUUUGCAAGAGACCAGAAAAUGAAUCAGAAUGUAGUUGGUUUUAGAAGGAAUAAUGUUAUAAA